CGGGCAGGAGGUCGAGUGAAGCCCGCCUGGAUUUUUGGGCUGGCAUGUUGGAUGACAGUUUACGUUGUCAGCGGCUCUUCGCUUCCACUCAACCCUGAGACUUCCUGACAUGGAAUGGAUACAAGACCCAUCGAGAUUACAACAUUGAUCCAGCAGCUCUCGUGCAUAUAAAAUAAUAAUAUAAAAACGUUGGGGGGAAAGAAGGAGAUGAGUCGUUGUUAUAUCUUGACCGAGUGACCCACACGGCACCUUUAUUGGCUUUUACAACUUUAGUCAACGUCUUGCCAAGUGACUCUAGUGUUUUUGGAAAAAUAUGGGUACUUACAUGACGACAACUUCAUCCACAAUGCUGCUGAGAUGCAGUCAGCAAUCCGGGAGUUCCAGUGGUUGUCUCGCCUACCCAUGACAGGUGAAUUAGACAGUGCCACCCUGAAGCAAAUGGCUGAGCCACGCUGUGGCGUGUCAGACAAGGGCAGCCAGCAGGUGUGGGCCCAGAGAGUAAACAUCAUCUUCACUCCGAAGAAAUCCGCUGCAGCAUCGGCAUGGCCCCGUAGGAAACGCUCUGCAGGCCAAGCUGACAAGUGGUCCAAGCAUCACCUGGCCUACCAGAUAAUUAAUUGGCCGCGCCACCUGUCCCUGGGGUCAGUGCGACUGGCGGUGAAUGCAGCUUUCCAGCUGUGGAGCAACGUGUCAGGCCUCGUGUUCCAGGAAGCCCCUGAAGGGCCAGCUGACAUCCGGCUGGCCUUUUAUGAGGGCGAUCACAACGACGGGACUGGCAACGCCUUUGACGGGCCAGGAGGAACUCUGGCUCAUGCGUUCCUACCGCGCAGAGGGGAGGCCCACUUUGACAAGGCCGAGAGGUGGACCCUAAACGGACACAAGGGCCAUAAUCUGUUCAUGGUGAUGGCCCAUGAAAUCGGACACACUCUGGGUUUGCAGCACUCGCCUGUGCGUCAUGCCCUCAUGUCGCCGUACUACAGAAAACUGGGUCGCAGUCUGGUGAUGAGCUGGGAUGACAUUGUGGCUGUGCAGCAGCUGUAUGGUAAGCCCCCUGGCGAUCAGCUGGUUCGUGUGCCAGGUGAGGUCCUGCACGCCGCACUGCAGGAGUGGGAGUUGAUGGACCUUCACAAGGGACACAAGAGCAACGGCCUGCCGCUCUACUGCCAGUCUGGCAUGUUUGACGCCAUCACUGUUGACGCAAACAGGACAGUCCUCGUGUUUCGAGGUGGCGUGUACUGGACCGUGUCAGCAGAGGGGCGCUCGACUGGCCCCCUGGCGCUCCGUCAACGUUGGGCCGACCUGCCGCCUGCCAUCGAGGCAGCCACCUUCUCACCUCUGGACGCCAAAUGGUACUUCUUUAAAGGGAAGCGUAUGUGGCGUUACACAGGCCAAGUGCUGGAUGUGGGCUUCCCCCGGGAGAGCAUGGACGUGGGCCUACCACGCCACCCGGACUGCGCCUUCUUCUACGCCGCACUAGGUCACAUGGUGCUGCUCAAGGGCUCUCGUUACUUUGUCCUCAACCUGCAAACAAUGAGCGGAGAGCCCUACUACCCACGCAAGCUUAAAGACUGGAAGGGCGUCCCGCAGGGCACCAACGGGGCGCUGAGCCGUCCGGACGGAUGCCUUUAUCUGUUCAAGGAGCGCCACUUCUGGAGGUUUGACCCGCUCAAGGUGCGAGUCACCCGAGUAGGCCAGUGGGCCAAAGAGCUGAGCUGGACCGGUUGUAGUCCAGCUCUUCACACCAAUGACAUCCUUUAGAGAAUGCUCUACUUUUUUCCAUUUGGAAGGCACCUAAUUGGUUUACGCAAUUAUUGCUGUGCUUUCGGUUUUUCACUUAAAUAUUUGAUAUUUAUGGACCAAAACUGUUGUUUUGUUUUUUAAAUAGAAAGUUAUUGUGUAAAUUAGUUACAGAACCAAUAAUAGUACUGAGUACAUACUACCUAAGUAUGUGCAAUUGUGCUGGUUGGUUGUAACAACAUAUAGAUCAAGGGCCCUUUUUAUCAAAUCAAAUCGUGCCAGACUUUGUUAUACUGGCAAAUACAGGUAGUCCCCGGGUUACGACUUACUCGACCUACGCGAUUUUGACUUGACGACGCUGUCCGCCAUUUUGUCUCCAGUCAUUUUUUUGGUCACAUAAACAGUACCUUAUUGUUCCUCACAGUAUCUUAUUGUUUACUUUACUUUAGUAAUAUGGAGAGGAGUCGCAUCCCAUUUGGCAAACCAGGCAAUUGCCUAGGGUCCCCAGCCAGCCGGGGCCCCCAGAGGUCCAACAGAUUUAUCACACACAGCUUUACUACACUGUUGCAGCGAUAGGUGAAGGGAGUGUUUCAAUACUAAGGAAUCAUUUGGCAAAUUGUCUAACGUUUCUGUUAUCAAUCCCAACCAGCACUAACCAUGUCACGUAGAUUAUACAUGUUUGAGAAAGUCCAAUCAGCUACUAAUAUCAUAUGAUUGUUUAAAGUGAGACUCACCAAGUAUUCUAUGGAAAGUUCUUGCCAAGGUAUAUUACAUUGAUUUUCACAGGCCACCUCAUUAUUCAUGUGACUACUUAAAGAAAUGGUGAUUUUUUCCCAAAAAGUCUAUUAAUGGGUCUAUCAUAUUCCUCGUCGAAUCCUCUAUAAGAAAAAUAUAACAUAUAUGCAUCUAAAAUAAUCCUAAAUGAUUUUAUUAGCAAUUUUAAUACUCCUUUUAGCAAGGAUCCUUGGGUAUGCGUACGUUCCCAUAGCAACCAUUCCUGUUAUUGUCCUACUCACAAGCACUGCGUAUUCUGGGAGCGAGAAUAGGCGUAAGGUGCGCAUUUCGAGCAGAGGACGGACACUUUUACGGCCAAGAUGACCGCACGUAAACGCAGCGCGCACUUGCAACCCCCCACCAUUGUGUUCAUUAUACUGCGCGAGUAUGUAUGUGUGUCAAGUGACUCAGAGAGUGGGCGGCGAUCUGGCCUUUUUGUAAUUGGCAAAAUGAAGAGAAGUUAUCCUUCUGGAAGUGAAAAAGAAAAAAAGCAGAAGAGGAGAAAAGGAAGCAAGACAGCGGUGAGUUUACCAUGAUACUGUAGUUUUAUGUCCUAAUGUAGUAGAAGCACUGCAGACUAGUGGUAGUAGUAGUAGUAGUAGUAGUAGUAGUACCAAUUAACCAGUUAACUGCCUUGACUUGUGGUAGCUAGCUUGUUAGCGUUUGCUAACAGCAUUGCAGCAUGCUAGUGUUUCUUCAUCCAUAAAGAUGUUACCUAGAACAUAAAAUCAGUGUUUAGAAUCAACGUAAACAUUUUCAUCUGGGAAUUUUUUUCAGAAGGUGUCAGUCUCCCCCAGGGCACCUGUGGUUACAAUAGAAGCUUACAUCCACUAAGUGUGGAAUGAAUAAAUAAUGAAAUGGGGGGGAGGGGGAGCACUUUCAGUGUCCUAAAAAGCGCUCUAUUAGAGCGAGGCGUUAUUAGACUUUUAUUAAAUAUGCUAUUGCUCCAAGUCCAACUGUCCCCCUUACUUGGACGCGCUCGAAGGGCCCCAUGUUGCUUGUUGCCUGGGGCCGCCGGGGACCCGUGCUACGCCUCUGGUAAUAUGUGUUCUGUCCUCACUAAAUGGGAAGUUGUUCAGCUUUACAGACAGCAAACAAGGCAAUUGUGCUUUUUGAAGAUUUUUACUUCCUUCACUUUUGAUAAUUUGUAAAGCUGUACCACACAUUUGUACAGUUGUGUUGAAAACUAAACGCAUUUUAAGAAUUUAAAAAAAAACUUGAAACAAAACAAUUGGUAUUCAAAGGUCCAUCUACUCUGAUCAAUAUGUAAAGUGACUAGAUUAAAUUAGCCUAAACUGCCUAACAAAAGUCCUCUAGUUUAAAUACUACAAAUGCUAACGUAUUUACAAUUCUCAUAGCAAAUUGCUCACACGUAACCCCACAAACUAUAGCUGUAACCUUAGUUACAAAUGCAUACACAAACAUAUAUUGGCUGAAACAACUUACAGCCUUAUGCGGGCCAAACCAGAGUGCAGCUAUCCUUUAUCCAUGUCCAGAGGUGGGUACUAGUAACGCGUUACAUGUACUGCGUUACAUUUACUUGAGUAACUUUUUUUUUUUUUUUUUUAAAUGUACCUCUAAGAGUAGUUUUACUAAGCCGUACUUUUUACUUUGACUUGAUAUGAUUUGUGAAGAAAAAAAUGCUACACUUACUCUGCUACUUUGGGCUACACAAGAGUUGUUACAUUUUCCCUCUUUAUUCUACGUAUUAGAUUUAUUAUUAUUUUGCCAGCAAUGCCAACGGUAGCUCGACCAAUUGCACUAAUGAGACAUCGCAACAAUGAUCACAUGACUCCACUACACCAAUCUGACGCAAGCUUGCCGUUCUAUGAUCACGCCAGGUACAGUGCCUUGCAAAAGUAUUCGGCCCCCUUGAACCUUGCAACCU